AUGAACCCCAACGCUCGCAGCUUCGGCUUCAACCCCAACGCCUCGGGCUUUACGCCUGGUGGACCACCGCAGCAGGGUCAGCAGCAGCAAGGUGGUGCUCCUUACGGUCAGCAGGGUGGCUACUACCAGCAGGGUUUCGGUCAGCAGCAAGGCCAGCCACAGCAGGGCUUCAACGGCGGCUACCCCAACCAGCAGUAUCAGCAGUACCAGCAAUAUCAGCAGCAGCAGCCCUACGGCGGUGGCUACGCUCAGCAAGGGUUCAACCAGCAGGGCUUUGGCCAGUACGCCCCGCAGGGCUUCAAUGGUCUGCCCGCUCGCCCCGCCGCAUCGGGAUCGAGUCAGCCUUCUGUCGAAGCAGCUGCAUCUGCCGCUGACGCUGCUCCGCGCAAGCCUGUGAGCAUCUCGAUCGGCGGUGGUGCCAAGCCUGCCGCUCCUUCCAGUUCGGACGCUCCACGAAAGCCCGUCAGCAUCUCCAUCGGAGGUGGCGCCAAGCCAGCUGCUCCUGCCGCCGACAAGUCGGACGCACCUCGCAAGCCCGUCAGCAUCUCCAUCGGCGGUGCCAAAAAGCCAGAAGCCGACAAAGACGACUCCGCGGCCUCAGCACCUGCCCCCGCCGCAGCUGCUGCGGACAAGCCAGCACAACCUGCAGCCGUCGCCGCCGUCAAGAACGCCGAGGCGCCCUCUUCCACAACUGCAACAGGCCCUUCGUCUCGCGCCGAAUCGCCAGCACCGGCGGCCAAGACCGAGUCCAAGGUGGCCUCGCUCUCCUCCAAACCUGUCCCCACAGAACGCGCCACCACCAACGCCGACCAGAUUCUCGCCGAGGCCAGCAAGGUCACCGACGAAGAGACGCUCAAGGACCUCUUUGGUGACAAGAGCGACGAGCUCAAGUCGCACUUGAAUAUUGUCUUUAUCGGCCACGUCGAUGCUGGCAAAUCCACCAUGGGUGGCAACCUGCUCUUCCUCACCGGCAUGGUGGACAAGCGAACGAUGGAAAAGUACGAGCGCGAGGCCAAGGAGGCCGGGCGAGAGUCGUGGUACCUCUCGUGGGCGCUCGACUCGACGGCACAGGAGCGCGAGAAGGGCAAGACGGUCGAGGUGGGCCGUGCUUACUUCGAGACGGGCAAGCGUCGUUACACCAUCCUCGAUGCGCCAGGACACAAGUCGUUUGUGCCCAGCAUGAUCAGCGGUGCGGCCCAGGCCGAUGUGGCCGUUCUCGUCAUCUCGGCGCGAAAGGGCGAGUUCGAGACCGGUUUCGAGCGAGGUGGACAGACGCGCGAGCACGCUGUGCUGGUCAAGACCGCCGGUGUGCAGCGUCUCAUUGUGGUGGUCAACAAGAUGGACGAGUCGACGGUGCAAUGGCAAAAGUCGCGCUACGAGGAGAUCCAGGGCAAGCUCACCCCUUUCCUGCGUUCGGCCGGUUUCAACCCCAAGACGGACCUCACCUACAUUCCCGUCUCGGCGUACGCCGGGCAGAACCUCAAGGAGCGUGUGCCCAAGAGCGUCUGCGACUGGUACGACGGUCCGGCGCUGCUCGAAUACCUCGACAACCUCGAGCUGGGCGACCGCAAGAUCUCGGCGCCGCUCAAGAUGCCCAUCUCAGAAAAGUACAACGACAUGGGCACGGUGGUGGUGGGCAAGCUCGAGGCGGGCAAGAUCAAGAAGGGCGACUCGCUGUUGCUGAUGCCUAACAAGGUGACCGUCGAGGCGGUGGCCAUCUUCAACGAGCAGGAGGAGGAAGUGCCGGCGGCCAUCUCGGGUGACAAUGUGCGUGUCAAGCUCAAGGGUGUUGACCACGAAGAGGUGACGGUGGGCCACGUGCUCACGGAUCCGACCAACCCGGUGCACGUCGCGACGCACUUUGAGGCGCAGCUCGCGAUUCUCGAGCACCGCAACAUCAUCUGUGCCGGGUACAGCGCCGUGGUGCACUGCCACACGGUCUCGCAGGAGGCCAACCUCGCGGCGCUGCUGCACUACUACGACAAGAAGACGGGCAAGAAGAGUCGUCGUGGACCCCAGUUCGCCAAGAAGGGCAUGAAGAUCAUUGCGCUCGUCGAGCUCGCUGGACCCAUUUGUGUGGAGAGGUUCAAGGACUACCCGCAGCUGGGUCGCUUCACGCUCCGAGACGAAGGUCGCACCGUUGCGAUUGGUAAGGUCACCAAGUUGAUCACGUCGGCGGACGAGUUGCCGGACGUGGCCAAGUUGAGCGUCAGUGAUGCUGCCGCUGCUGCUGCUAGCUAA